UUAAACUAUCAUUUACUAAUUCAUACUGGAGAACGACUUUAUGAAUGUGAAAUGUGCAAGAAAACAUUCAAAACAAAGUAUCUAUUAAGAAAACAUGAUUAUGUCCAUAGAAAGGAAAGCAAUCAUGAAUGUGCAAUAUGCAAUAAAACAUUCUCAACAAAACAAAACUUAAUUGAACAUGGAGAGAUGCAUGCUGGUGAACGACCCUACGAAUGUGAAAUAUGCAAGAAUACAUUCAGAACAAAAGAAAUAUUGAGACAACACCAAGUUGUUCACACAGGAGAAAGUGAUAAGGUAUUCGCAAUCAAACAAGAAUUAAACCAACAUGAAAUGAUUCACACUGGUGAACACCCUUACGAAUGUAUAAUUUGCAACAAAACAUUCAUAACAAAGCAAACAUUAAACAAUCAUUUAAUGAUUCACACGGGAGAACGGCCCCAUGAGUGUGAAAUAUGCCAUAAAACAUUCAAAACAAAAAGGGAAUUGAAACAACAUGCAAACGUUCAUACGAAAGAAAGCUAUCAGAAAUGUCUGAUAUGCAAUAAAACAUUCUCAACAAAACAGAAAUUAAUUGAACAUGGAGAGAUGCAUGCUGGACCUUACGAAUGUGAAAUAUGCAAGAAUACAUUAAGAACAAAAGAAAUAUUGAGACAACACCAAAUUGUUCACACAGGAGAAAGUGAUAAGGUAAUCGCAAUCAAACAAGAAUUAAACCAACAUGAAAUGAUUCACACUGGUGAACGCCCUUACGAAUGUAUAAUUUGCAACAAAACAUUCAUAACAAAGCAAACAUUAAACAAUCAUUUAAUGAUUCACACGGGAGAACGACCCCAUGAGUGUGAAAUAUGCAAUAAAACAUUCAAAACAAAAAGGGAAUUGAAACAACAUGCAAACGUUCAUACGAAAGAAAGCUAUCAGAAAUGUCUGAUAUGCAAUAAAAUAUAUUCAUCAAAACAAAAAUUAAACCAUCAUCUAAUGAUUCACACUGGUGAACGACCUUUUGGUUGUGAUUUAUGCAAUAGUGCAUUCACAACAAAAGAAUCAUUAAAGCGACACGUAAUGAUUCACACUGGAGAACGCCUUCACAAAUGUGAAAUAUGUAAUAAAACAUUCAGAACAAAGGAUACAUUAAAAAUUCAUUUAAGCAUUCAUACAUGAGUAAGUCCUCUUGAGUGUGAAAUAUGCAAUAAAACAUUCACAACAACAACAAAUUUAAAGUAUCAUUUACUGAUUCAUACUGGAGAACGGCCUUAUGAAUGUGAAAUGUGCUAUAGAACAUUCAAAACAAUGCAACUGUUAAGAGGACAUCAAACCAAAAUCAAAAGAUGCAUAGUAAAUGAAUACCAUUAGGAGUAGAUGAUAUGAAAUAAAAGGUUUUUACAAACAUGUGAAGAACUACACCGCAGAUCGAGACUUGGACAAGAUUAAUUAUAAUGUAACAGUGAUUAAUUAUAAUGGACAAGAUUAAGUAUAAUGGACAAGAUUAAUUACAAUGGACAAGAUUAAUUA